UUUCACAUUUGUUUUGAUCGCUGCCGCUGAGCUCCGUUAAUUGUGGGAGUGCAGGAAUGAUGAGUGAGGGCGACCAAAGAAGAACAUCAGCUGAUGUUCCGGCUAAGAACAUUUCUCCUGACAGUAUACAAGCGCGUGGCUUCGUGUAGCUUCACGUGUCCGAGGCUCAGAUAUCAAAAGUUGUUCCUUAAAACUGUCAAAGUGCUGCUUAGGGAGAAAAAGUAAUUGUAAAACUUUCAAAAACAGCAUUAAUUUAGACAAGGAAUGUUUUGCAAUCAGUUCUGGAAUAUCGAAGAAGGAAACAGGUCUUUAUUGCUCAGCAAGGCGUGGUUGCCAUUACCGCAGCGUAAAGCUUUUAAAUAGCUGGAUCUGUGCUGCUUUAUUACUUCAGGCUGGCUUUGACUGCGUCCUCCAUGUACGCUGCUUACUUACUCACACAUUAAUCCUACUGGAGGAGAUGCUAAAGUGGAAUUCCCGCCCUCACCCAGUGGUGAAGUAAAUUUAUGAGCAUUCCAAGGUGUUCGAUGCCAGUUCUGCUUCACAUGCGAAGAUGCUUAACUGUGUUUUAGGCGUACUAAAGCACUAAAUGCCUAACAUUUUCCAAGAUGCUUCAAUGCUAGCUGCAUUCUGUGUACUGCAGGACUAAAGACAGUUAACCUUAACAGUUAACACCCACUGGGGUGUCCAGACUCUCCCCUAGAGAUAGGGUGAGGAGUUCGGCUGUUCAGGACAGGCGGCGAGCAGCAUCGCUACUCCAUCAUCUGACUGCCUCCUGGACUCCUGGGAGGACACCAUAAACCAGGGGUGGGGACCUCCAGGCCUCGAGGGCCGGUGUCCUGCAGGUUUAGAUGUGUCCUUGAUCCAACACAGCUGAUUUAAAUCGCUAAAUGACCUCCUCAACAUUGCCUGGACUGGGGCGCACUCAACACAUCCGGUUUCGAUCACAAGCUGUUAGCCAAUGUCAGGAUUUACAAAGUGGCCUUAAUUUAGUUUUUUAUUCAAUAUGAUCCCAAAUACGUGACCAUAGGCUCAGCAGAAAAGUCUUUACUGAGGUCAAGUCAGAAAGCCGUUUUCCCAUCACUCCCAAGGCUUUUUCUUCAAUGGUAUCGCCCCCUGGUGGUCAUUAUAAAGAAAGGGAGUUUGAGGCUAUUCCACAUUGACGUCACCUUUGAGACGUAGAAGCGGUGUCCAGAGAGCCCGGGACAGACCCCGAUGACGUCUCUGGACUGGCUCGUGUCUCAUCUCCUCCCAGAGGAGCUGCUGAACCUGUUUCACCACAAAUCACACACGUGGCAGAAAUGGACGAAUUUUUCAUUUUGUUCGCUAAAAUCUAGUGAAAUCGAGGGUUUUGGAGUUCGGGGUUGGAGUUAUCACCAGUAAUGACCUCAAAGGGUCCAGUUAUUGGACCAGUUUGGAAAGUGUAUGUUUUAUAGUGUUUUGGCCCCACAGCACCUGUUUAUUUUGACUUCCUGCAUUAACGUUCGGUUCCUGAAACUCUCGCUAAAGCGUCUCUGUGAACAACAGGAUGUGGAGUAAUUGCUAGUCAAGUUCAUCUGAGUCUGCAUGGGGUCACCUCCCUGUGGCCAAACAGGCAAAUAAGCGUUUCUGAUAGGCAGCAUGUAAAGUAAAGCGCUGGCGUCUAAGAGGUUAAACACUGGAGCGAAGCAGAGGGAGAAAACAGAGCGGGCUAACCCAACUGCAACUCUUUCUUCUUUUGUUUCACAUAAACAUGGACCCAGCCUCCUUCCCUGUUUCUCUCUCUCUAGUCGCCUCAUAUGUUUCUAUUUAAGGCCAGCAGUGCCGACUGCUAUGAUUGGUGUGCUCACCCCCCCUCGGACUCCCCCGUCCAACGGCUGGCUCCCAGAGGCAGCGGAGGGGAGGCCUUUCCUCUCAACCGCACUGUUGAUUUUCCACAGGGAAACUUCACCAUUCCUCCACUCAUUCGCUCCCCAGUCUUCCCUUCAGACCGUUAGCAGCUCUGCUGUUUCUCCUUUUUCUUUCCCCCCUUUUUUCUCUCUCUUUCCUUUUUGGAUUUGGGAGUUUGCCUCAGGUCAUGGAUCCUCUGUAGAUGUCAGAUGGAGCGCCUACAAACUUCUCCCUCCGCUUCUUCGCUUGUGUUUUGACUCCUUCCGAUGCUCCUCGGUCUUUCGCUGCGGGCCAAGGGUCAACUCAGCUGUAUGGCCAGACGUUUGGGACUAUGCAGCCAAGUCGUGAGGUCGCAUUCUGAUUGGGCAGGGACGCACAUUGGCGGGGAGCGGGGUUCGGCCGAUGGAGACGUACCGGGCGCGCGGCGGCAGCGCGGGAUUGACAGCUCGGAGCCCAUGGUGCUGGAGCAGUACGUAGCCGUGGCCAACUACGAGCGGCAGGAGAACUCUGAGAUCAGCCUGAAGGCCGGCGAGACUGUGGACGUGAUCGAGAAGAGUGAAAGCGGUUGGUGGUUCGUCAGCACAGCGGAGGAGCAGGGCUGGGUCCCGGCCACAUACCUCGACUCGCAAAAUGGAACCAGAGACGAUUUGGAUCUGGGAACGUCCAGGACUGUCGAAGUUACUAAGAGACGCAAAGCCCACCUGAAGAGGCUGGACCGCCGCUGGACCCUCGGCGGUAUAGUUAACCGCCAGCAGAGCAGAGAGGAGAAAUAUGUGACCAUCCAGCCGUACACCAGUCAAGGAAAAGACGAGGUGAGCUUUGAGAAAGGGGUCACCGUGGAGGUCAUCCAAAAGAACCUGGAGGGCUGGUGGUACAUCAGGUAUUUAGGGAAAGAGGGCUGGGCCCCGGCCUCCUACUUGAAGAAGAUUAAAGAGGAUUUCUCCCCACGGAAGAAGACGCUGACGGGCCCCGUGGAGAUCAUCGGAAACAUCAUGGAGAUCAGCAACCUGCUGCAAAAGAAGUCUGUUAGCGAGAAGGACAUCCAGACAGACGGAGAGGGCGGAACCACGCCGGAACGCCACUUCUCCAAGAGCGAGAUCAGCCUGCCGAUGCCUUCCGAAAUCAACGCCGCGACAGGCCGCAGGCUGAGCGCGGGCCGGGACACCAACAGCCCGUGUCUCGGAAUAGCGGCGAGCGCCGCCCUGAAUGAGAAUAAAGCGAGAGGCGAGCCGGGCUCCCCGGCUGUUGCAAGAGUGGCACCGCACAGAGUGGAAAUCGGAUUCGACGCUGUAGGGUCUCCUAAUCUGCGGCAAAAACCUCCCCCCAGAAGAGACACCAACUUGGGUUUCCAGUUACCCAAGCCACCAGAGCCCCCUGCUGUGGAAGCAGAGUAUUACACUAUAGCAGAUUUCCAGUCCUCGAUCUCUGAUGGCAUCAGUUUCCGUGGAGGACAAAAGGCUGAUGUAAUAGAGAAGAAUCCUGGAGGCUGGUGGUACGUGCAGAUUGGGGAGAUGGAGGGCUGGGCCCCCUGCUCCUACAUCGACAAGCGCAAAAAGCCCAACCUCAGUCGUAGGUCCAGCACACUGACCCGCCCCAAAGUCCCUCCUCCAGCUCCACCUGUCAAAAAACAAGAAUCUGAGGAGGCUCCGCCGUCUGCUAACUCUUCCUCCAAAACCACAGAGGUGCCUAGCAGGGCUGUGUACGAAGAACCUGAAUAUGAUAUUCCUGCAGUCGGAUGCGAAGGUGAGCCUGAACCGGAUCCCCUGAAGGACGAGCGUUCCCGCGAUGUGAAGAUCAACAGUGUGGUCAGCGACAAGUACAGCAGCUCCCCUCCGUCCUGCAAGGCCUCACCUCCUGUCUGCAAGGCCUCUCCUCCUUCCUGCAAAGCCUCCCCUCCCGUUUGCAAGGCCCCCCCUCCUUCCUGCAAAGCCUCCCCUCCUUCCUGCAAGGCCUCCCCUCCUGUCUGCAAGGCCUCCCCUCCUGUCUGCAAGGCGUCUCCAGUUUUCACCCAUCGAAGAACCUCCUUCAGGUCUGUAGAGGAGGUUGCUAAGGAGGAGUGUAUCUAUGAGAAUGAUGGCUUCAGGCCGAGCGGCGGUGUUGAAGGAACCCUGACUAAAGGUUCCAGUGAGCCUAACUCCCCACGGAGCUACCAUUCCUCCACGGUCCCGAGAAAACCCUCCGGAUCUUCACCUUUACCUGGCAGGCCCAUGAAAACCAUGACACCAGAGAUGAGUCGGAGGAGCCAGACCCUGGGCAGACACAUAGAUAUCAGCUUCAGAUCCCAGGAUAACAGCCCUCACUCGUCAUCAGAUGAAUUGAGCAGAGGCUCCAAGAAAGGCCCUGUCUUCAACCGGGAGGUGGAGCAGAGAAUAGGCCAGAGCCCCUCCACCAGGCCCAAGCCUUCCGUCAGACCUAAACCCCUUUUGACCAAAUCAGAGCCCCAGAGUCCAGAGAGGAUGGACAUCACCUCUCUGAGACGACAGCUGAGGCCUACGAGUCAGUUUAGACAUAGCCUCAAACCUUCUCGUGGGGAGGACUCUGAAACAGCUUCUGUUAUAUCAUCAGAGGACUCGGUGUGUUCACGCAGUACCUCAGAUCUCUCCUCGGUUUACUCCAAAGGAAGCCGUGGUGACUCCGAUGUGGAGGGCCCCAAUCUCUACCGCUCCGUGGAUGCCUAUAAGAAAGUCCAGGACUCUGAGAUCAGUUUUCCAGCUGGGGCUGAGGUCGAGGUUUUGGAGAAACAAGAGAGUGGUUGGUGGUACAUCCGUUGGGGCUCCGAAGAAGGCUGGGCUCCCUCAUACUACCUGGAACCUGUCAGACAAAUGGGCGAUGGUGGUGGCUUAGAUGGACACGGGAGUGGUGGGAGUAAGUCCAACAGCCUGGAGAAGAAUGAGCAGCAUGUUUUGGCCCUCAAUAACAUUAAUAUUCAGGGCCUGACGCAGCAGCAUCAAGGCUUGAGGAGGAACUCUCCACCGAUUCCUUCCAAGCCUCCCGGCGGCUUCUCGAAGCCAUCUGGGAUGGUUAAUGGAGGCGUAAGGAUGAGGAACGGGGUACGCCAGGUGGCGGUGAGGCCUCAGUCUGUAUUUGUCACCACUACGCAGCCAGCCAAGGACACGCACUACACAACAGGGUCCUUGAGAAGGAACGAGUCACUGGGCAGGAGCGAUCACUAUGGUUCUGGAUCUGCCACUCUUGGAGUUCGCCGAAAUGCCUCAUUCAGCACCGUGCGCCCACACGUAGUUGUUGAAAGCCAAACGAGGCCUGCCGAACGCUCCAGUCUGUCUUCGGGGAGCGCGUUCAGCACAAGCAAUGUCCAAGACGCCCUGAGCAGAGUUAACCAACGCAACGGUAUCCCCGUGUCCACGGUCAGACCCAAGCCCUUGGAGAAGAGUCAGCUGAUCCACAAUAACCUUGGCAGGGAUGUGUAUGUGUCCAUUGCCGAUUACCGUGGCGACGAGGAGACCAUGGGGUUCACAGAGGGAACCUGUCUGGAGGUGUUGGAGAGAAACCCCAAUGGAUGGUGGUACUGCCAGGUGCAGGACAGCCUGGUUCCCCGCAAAGGCUGGGUCCCCUCUAACUACCUUGAGCGGAAAAAAUAAAGGCAAGCCUACAUCCGUAGCCACGCCCACCCCCAGCCCCCAUACCCCGCUCUAGGCCCUUGGGCGGCGGCAUCACUCCUUGAGAAUGUUACCCGCAAUCUCCCUUAAGCAAUAUGUCCUAGAAAAUUUACAUAAGGUCAGACUGUGUAAAGAGAAAGAUGUUUUAAUCUGAUAAAAAAGGACACUUUUAGUGCUGGUUUACUAAAAUUUAUACGAAAGGAGUGGGAAGAUUUUCAAUAUUUUACCUAGGAAGCAGAGACAGAAACAUGGAAUUGGCCACACUGGUUGAGGAAGUUUGAGGUGGAUGCUGUGUCUGACAUGUAAACUGGUCUAACUGGGAGCGAUGACCUCUUAAAGAGGUUUGUGUCAUGUAACACAGAAGCGGAGAAGAGUAGUGGCUACGCUCAUCCUGCCCAUCACUGACUACGAUGGCCAAUAAGUGCCUUUUGUAUUUGGUCACCUGAACGAAGGUCCUAAAUGGUGGAUGGCAAACCAGUAAAUCAACCAAAUCUUUACAGAGUGCCAUAGUCCUAUGAACACCACCGAGAGCGUUUCUAUACAAAGUUACGAGUUCGAAGCGCAAAGUUUGGAUUUAGACGUCUUCAGUUCGAUAAAGAAAGAAAAGCACGACUGAAGGGACUCAAGUUCCCAGAGGAUUUAUUUGUUUUAAGCCACAAAGUCAUCAAACAAAGACGAUAGUUGAAUCUCAUCAUCACUACUUCUCUCUAGUUUGUUUCUGUUAACGUGUCUCGUGUUGAUGCAAGUCUUCCUUAGAGAAUUAUUUCUGCUUUCUUGUGACAUCUGUUUUCCACCGACAGCCUUGAAUUGGACGAGUCAAAGCUCGACUCUGGCAGAAUAGACGGCUGACGCUCGGCUUCUGUAAACAGUUUCUAUCGAAGAUACCACAGAAAUAUCUUAUUGUCAUUUUUCCUGGAUGUAGUCGUCUGGGAGAACAAAUUUAUUUAAAAAAACAAACAAACAAAAACCAAAAAAAACCAACAAACCUGUGAAACUUGAAAAAUACAGAACAAGCAACGGAACAAUGAGACCUCAUACAAGCGUAAGGGAUAACCUCAUUUCACAGAGAUGCUUUUAGCUCCAGGAACAAAUGAUUUUGUGUAUAUUGUGUUGUCAUAAUGCAGCUAUCGCGGUGAUGAAUUGCAAGCAUACUGGAAACGUAGUGAAAUAACUUUAAUCCAGGGAUUUAUUUGAAUAGAUUAGUGGCCAAAAUGUGAUCGAACCAAAGAGAGAUAUCACUUCAUUGGCAGUUUUGGGGAUUUUACCGUUUACUUACGGUACAAAUGGUAACACACUUUCACCAAAUUGCCUAAAACGAGGUUUCUAAACUGACGUUUUCUAUCAAUAUCUGGAAGCACUUGAUUUUUAACAGAGCCAGGAAGUGAACAGUUAAUUGUAAUAUCAGAUAUUGCUGUGCAGUAUUGGGAUUUAAACAGAGACUAGAGGAGGUAUUUUAUUGUUAUUAGCAACUGUUUGAAAUGUGACAGUAGAAAUAAUUCUUCCAAAAGGAGUCAAAGUUCAAAAUUCUGAUGGCUGAUGUUCAAGACUGCUGAAAUACAUUUUCUAACGAACACAAACUUCUCAUUAUGUUCCUGCUGGACAGUAUCAUAGUAUUAAACAAAGUGCAGUACCUGCUAGAUCGCAGUUAUCUAUUUUAACAAAACCAUAUUUGUGUUUUUGUCGUCUCUCUGUGAUCGCACACCGACGAUAACGAGGAACGAAGUGGUUCUGUUUUGUGAGUUAGUGCACUUUAAAAACUGCUUUUAUGGUGCAUUAAUGUAAAGAUGCAGUAAAUACACAGCAUGUUAUUUAUUGAAUAUGUUUUUUUGUAAUUAUUUAAUUUUUUUCCAAACAUGAGGAUGAAUGAGUUCUGCUCUCAGUGACAGGAGAUUUGGUCAAAUUGGAGACCUCUUGUGGUAAUUGAAAGGUACUACAACGUGACUUUGAGGCUUUCCCGCAGUCCUACCUCAGUGCAGUAAGAAAUGCGCUGCUGGUCAGUGAGUCGCCACAAAAAUUGUUUUGUUUUUAAUCUUAGUGCAGCUAAAACUGUUUUAUUGCACAUUUUGUUUCGCAUUGGGGAAUAAUUUAGUUUCUGAAAAUUUAGUGAUUUUUUUUUCUCGAUGCUGUUUGCUGCAACUUUAGCAAAUCAUGGGCACUUCCUUCAUCUUUAUUGUGCUUUACAUAAUGCCUGAUAAAAGCAUAUUUAUAAUAGUUCUCCCUCAUUCACACAGAAACCAUCAGCGUGUCCUGUGAUGGUAAUAAAAUCACUGAUGUAUGGACCUAUAAAUAAAACUAGUAACCGUCUGGAUGCUGACAGGCCCCAUCCUUUGAGACGAAGGCAUUAUGUAAAUGUGUCGAAUCACUCUAAACAUUUCGCUCCAGCACAUUUUAUUAUUAUUAUUAUUAUUGCAUAUCGCUUUGUUUGAUUGAGCUGAACUUACUUGCGAGGGAAUCGUUCUGUGUCGAGCCUGCGUUUAGCUGUGUAGCAUCGAUCUUUAUUCAUGCUUUUACUUCGUUUUUCUUAUUUCCUCUUUCUUUUCCUCUUUCGUUCUGAACCCACGAGGAAAUGUGCAAUAGAUUAAAAAAAGAAGAAGAAGGAAAAAGACAAAAACACUUCACGCUUCAGCAAAAGGAGGAAGAUCAUAGUGGGACGGCCGGGAGUAGAUAUUCCCGGUCAGGCUGCCGGUCACGAGGCUUUUGCCGUCUUUUCCAGUGUGUCAUGUUUAAGUCUGUUUUCAGAGAGCAGGUGUGUGAGGUCCUCACGUCAGAGCACUCAUCGGACCAAAGCAGUGACGCGUCAUCAUCUGCGACGUGAUGAACUAACAUGAGGAUGUCUGCUCCCGUGACCUCCGUCAGCCGUGGACGGAGAAGUCCGCUGACCCAUUCUGUAUCUGGGAUCUUCGUCACAGACGUAGAGUCACUGGCCCAUCAUCAUCAUCAUCAUCAUCGGAGGCUCUCAGCUGUCACGUUUGUGCCUGAAUGGAAUUCUUUGAUUGUUUCUGUGUUGUUGUUUUCUUCUUCCUCUCCCUCUGGACUGUGUCCUCUGCCCACCUACGUGGAUGCCUCUUUUGACAUUUACCCCCACGGCUGUCAGACCAAGUCGGGCCUUUUCGUCAGCGAUCACCGCGGCGAUGUUGACCUUUGGGACCGCCGGCUGGCAAAGUGACGUCGACGCCAGCGUCUCGGCGGUAAACAAAACACCGGGGAGACGAACGCUCCUUCAAGCCGUUUCAGUUCAAUCCAUCAACUUCCAGGAUAAACACCAAAAAUAGAAAAUCCUGUUUUUCCCCCCACGCUGUCUUUGCAGAGAGCUCUGCCACAGUCUAACGCGCGAUCGUGCUGUUCGCAGAGGCCGACGCGCAGAGCCCGUCCUUUUGGGGGUCGGCUGACAUUGUGUUUAACUCCACGUUUAACGGAAAAAUCAUCGUGGGAAAUUCCCUUAUUUCCUUUGUUGCUGAGAGGUUUGCACAGAUUUUUGAAACUCGUUUUCAGUCAGAAGCUGGAAGCCAGUUCUGAAACCUUAUAACUGUCACUGCUGACCGCAGAACAGACACGUCCGUCUGUGAGCUGUCUGUUUUCAGCCCGUUGCCUCUGCUCACGUUGGGUUUCUGACUUUUAGACGAAGAAACACAAAAACUGAAAGUGCAAAGAGCUCAAAGCUGACAGCUCCGAAACUCCCAGAUCAACGUGUGUUUGCUGAAGAUGAGAUUUGUCAGCAGGUCACUGUACCUGGACAAGAAAUAGUCCCUUUAAAUCCCUCAUUAGGGCAAAAUGGCCAAAAAUAUUUAUCACGAUAUACAUUUGAAAAUUUGCGAUAACGAUAUAACUGACGAUAUAAUUGACACGAGACAAAAUACUUUACAACGCCACAACUUUAUUAGUGCAAAAACCCAUCAAUGUAUUUUCACUUAAACAAGCAGCUGUUUUUUAUGUGCAUUAAAGUUAUAUAAAAAUGUAACAGUGCAAAUGCAAAUUCCUGCUGACAGUUUAACCAAAAGGCAUUUCCAGUGGAAACUGGCCGACAUAUCCUCAGCAUAACCAUGUAUAACAUCCACAAAACUUAAAAAGAGGUUAUACACACACAAUACGGUAAUAUUAUGUUGAAGCACAGUACGUAUCACUCCGCGAGGCUCCUGCCUACGAUAGCCGUAAUGCUCCGACAAUCCAUCAAGCGGUGCGGCUUCGUAGCUUAGCAAAGUCGUAUUAAAACAUUUGACAGAUUUUCGAGCGCCGUGUAGCACAUAACGACGGCCCGCUAGCAUGCUCUACCAAAAAUAGUGCUUUGUUGUGUAUCUGACGGACGAAAGCUAAACCAGUUCCACACCAGUGAAGUUGCAGCAUUUUUACAAACCAGUUCUGGUUCAUCCGUUUCACUCAACGAUCCUCUUUCGUCCUUCUCAUUCUCCGUCGCCGCCAUGCUUUUUCCGCCAUGUGCGUAUGAAAACAAAGGCACUGCGCAUGUGCGUUUUACCCAUAUUCUAUCGCCAUAUUUCAUUAUACCGGUGUUACCGUGAACGGGAUGAUGUGGCCCAGCCCUAUCCCUCACUUCCUGCUUUUCCAGUGUGUUUCAUCAGUGCUGUCAGUCUCCUUUCACUCUCAGCAGCAAAGUGAAAAUAGUCAGAGUAUAAUAUGUUGGAGUUUUGCUCUUUAAUAACAGCUCGGUUACCGUCCGCUGCUUUUUGCCUUUCACCUGCACAGCUCAGCAGGUGUGUCCACGCCAACACGGUUUCCGUGCCGAUCGCGAGUCUUACAGGAAGCGCUCGAGUUUUCCAUCAUCUUCCCGGAGGUCAGCCGAGCGAGACGGCUCCGCUUGGCCGUCUGAUUCCUCGCUCUCUCUUUUUAUUCUAACAAACGGACAGCGCCUCCCAGGCGUGAAGCGCCUUUCCAGUUUUGUGUUUUUGAUUCACCUCCGUCUCCUUCCUCGACACAGCCGGGCCGCUGAGAUCACAAAGACACCCGACAGGGUGGAGUGUGUGUGUGUGCAUGAUGAGAUGGAUCGUUUGCAGGUGUGAUGGAGAAAAGAGAAGUCGGAGGUCAAGGAGGGGUUUGCAGGAUGCAGGCAGACAGACGACGGAUCAGAUAGAGGAGACGAGGCGGCAGGGAGGUGAGAGGAGCUCUGCUUUGAUUGGAGGGAGAUGAACAAUGAUGUCUUCAACAGGAAGCCCAUUUUAUCAAACUCCUUCUAACCACCUUUCUAGAAACCUCACACCUAAUGAGCUCUCGUCUCCUGAGCCGAGCUGUGAAAUCUCAUUACGUCAAACACAGUUUUAAUUGAGCCGCUUGAAGUUUCCAAAGUCUGUGAGAGACGAACGAGUUGAGGGUGCAGCAGCUUCUCUCGGCCUCCCCGCCCGUCUCCAGGAGAACUUCAGAACUGGUCCCACCUCUGAUAUGAGCUCCUUCUCCUGCUGCUCACAUCUCACGUAGCCCCGAGGGUGAGAGAGCUGAGCCGGCUGGUGGAAAACAGUUUUUUAGAAUAAGACAAAAAAAGCUUCAUGUUUUGCUUUAUUCUCUCGUGUUUUUGUUGAGAAAAUAAUUGAAUGUUGUAAAAAGGGUGAGGCGGGAUUUGAAGGGCUCGUUGGCUUCUAAUGAAACGCCUUAAAGCUGUAAACGAAAGACGUAAAAAAGUUCCAGAAGUCGGCAGCAGGCAGAGCGAUGGUGGAGGUGAUGAAGGCAGGUUAGAUAGGAAAGUUUCAGUAAGUGUGGGAGCAGGUGAGGUGCAUUUAAGGGGGGGCUUUGUAGGUUUUUAAUUAACGUCUGGUUUCUUGUUAGAGCGUGAGAGCAGAGAUGAGCCGUGCAUGCUGAGGGCUCUUUCUCAAGCAGGUAAAACAGAAGUGCAGAAAAUCAGGCGAUGCAGAUUAUUUAUGUCACUCUGAAAACUUCCUCAUGCAGUCGUUUGAGAUGCCAGCAGGCAUCAGCAGGAGCUCCAGAGGAGGAGGCUGUGUCGAGGAAGGAGGCGCGCCGCUGUGCCUCGGCGGCGCUUUCUUUGUCUCCGUUUGAAUCCCCGUUUCCAAUUAGCACAACAGUGUGUCUUAAUUAACCUCAGCCUGUCUGACAGUAUUCCAGUGCUAAUGGCUUCCCAAUAAAGAACGCCGUGGCCUCCUGCUGGCUUCCUGCGUGGGAGACGGCGCCCAGCGCUGCGGCCGAGGCGAGCUGUCACAAGUGACUGAUGCUGAGUGACAGCUGAAGUAGUAUUUUAAUGGCAAAGGCGGUGCCUGUUUUUCUUUUUAACUCGCCGGUGCAUUUGUAGAGUAGAAUUUGUCCCCACCCUGCUGUGGAAAGCAGUGUGCCAAAACAAAGCGCCCGUGGAGCUCGCGAUCUCUCGAUUCUGACAAAAACAGUUCGUUACCAGCAAGUCAGUAACAACUACAGGCCUCGAGUUGGACCAAAGGAGGUGCUACUCUCUCACUUUCUCUUUUCUUUCUGCUUUUAUUGCCAUGUUUUUAAGCAGGUUCAAACUGUAGCGCAUGACUUUAGUCGCCCCCUUCUGGCAGUGAGAGUAACUGCACACUGACAGAAGGAAAAGUUGCAAAUGACAAAGAUUUUACUUUGUGCUGAAAGGCUUAAAGGUCCUUUUUGUAACUGCUCUCUUCAGCUGUAACUAAAUGUUUCACCACCAGGGGGCAGCAUUUAACAGCGCACGUGUUGAGAUGUUUCCAGAUGUUUGCUGCUGUUUCAUUGCUGCUGUUGGCCUCCCACUAGGCCACCAUUGUGUUCCAUACGCUGCACCACCCCGUGGAGGGACACGCCACCCUCGUUUUCCCCACAUUUCAUUGUGAUUGCUUUUGUUAAUUUUGGAAGGUUUUAAAUUGUAUUUACUCGCAGGAAUUUACAACAAGUACCUUUAAUCAGUGCGCUGUGAAGUCUUGGAUUUAUAACAAAGUCGUGCACUGCAGCUUUAAGCCUUGCAGAGUCCUUGUUUUCAAAAGAUAUGCCAUGAAGAGCCAAAUGCAGCUUUAUUGAAGACCCCCCUCCCCACACACACACACACCAAACUAAUGAGAGCAAACACAGUCCAGAUCCCUUCCUGAUUGGAGACCUUCUGCACAUGUGCAUUACUUGUGAAAACAGGACAUUUUCUUAUCUACGGUCUCAUUUUGACGAGUCUUGUUCCUUUUUUUGUAUCUUGUACAUGUUUACAUUGUAUCUCGCAUUGCCCAAAAGAGAAA